AUGCCACCAGCAACGAAGAAGCCCGUCGUUGCUAAGCCAGUGGCUGCCAAAACGGGGGCUAAGAAGCCGCUUGCUGUCAACCAAUCAGCGACCAAGUCGCCAGUACCGGCGGCUGUCCAGAGGAAGAAGAAGGUAGACCUUGGUGCUGGUUUGCGGGUCACAAAAGACCCAAAAGACAAUGCCGACGCGCAUCCGGCUGGGCCACCGCGGUUUGGUGAGUUGACGCAGGCAGAACGAGCCUUCACACUAGCCUCGACCUUCCUGUCUGGAGUCCUAGCCAUAAGCGCAUCUCAGUUCCUGGGUGCUCCAUUGAAGCUCAUCGACCCUCAAUUCUACGAUGCUUACAUGGCGUAUACCAAAGAAUGUUUCGCCAUCCUAAUCACCUGUCUGACCCAAUGGUGGGCCCCAACCGUCGUUCGUGUCUCGGGCGACUCCAGCAUGGUUGGUCAGCUCAUCAAACGAAAGGAUGGAUCUCUGCGAUGCAACUUCUCGGACCGCAUGGUUCUCAUGGCAAACCACCAACUCUAUACUGAUUGGCUGUACCUCUGGUGGAUUGCCUACACAAACAACAUGCAUGGCUUCAUCUAUAUCAUCCUAAAGGAGUCAUUGAAAAAUAUACCCAUCAUCGGGUGGGGUGCACAGUUCUAUAACUUCAUCUUCUUGUCAAGAAAAUGGGAGGAGGACCAGAGGACAUUCAAGAAGCAUUUGAGCAAGUUGAACAAGAAAGGUGACCCCAUGUGGCUCAUCAUCUUUCCAGAAGGGACCAAUCUCUCGCCGACUACGCGUGAAAGGAGUAAGCAAUGGGCAGAUAAGAAUGGACUUCAGGAUAUGAAGCACCAGUUGCUUCCUCGUAGCACCGGUCUGCGCUUCUGUCUGAACGAGCUCAAGGAGACCACAGAUUGGCUUUAUGACUGUACUAUUGCCUACGAAGGUAUUCCACCCGGCCAAUUUGGCCAGGACAUCUUCACCCUCCGCUCCUCCUUCUUUGAAGGCCGACCUCCCAAAUCCGUCAACAUGCACUGGCGGCGUUUCCGCAUUUCGGACAUUCCUUACGAAAACACUCAUGCGUUCGAAGUCUGGCUAAGGAACCGAUGGAGGGAGAAGGACUACAUGCUUGAGUAUUUCAGUAGGCACACGCGGUUCCCCGCCGAAGACUUUUGGAAAAAUCAUCUCGACAUGGACACCAAAAGCGAGAGCAGCAGAGGAGGACCGAACGGCAGCCGCACCAUCCGAACCGUUGCCCGACCAGCCGUGCAGAUUGAGACGGAGGUGAAGAGCGGAAACUGGAAUGAAUUUGUCAAAAUCUUUGCUCCCAUAACCUCCGUCAUGAUGGCCUUGACGGUAGCCUACGGCGCCUCUCCUGAAGACCUACCCAUACCCGGCGGCAAAGAAUUCUUCGAACAGCAUCUCAAAACGCUACUUGGACAAGGCGGAGGCGAAGUAAAAGGCCUCCCCAGUCCCGACCAGCUCGAGAGAAUGAUCGAAGGCGCCGCUAAAAUGGGCGCCGCACAAGCUGCUGAAGGCCAAAAACAAAUUCCAGAAGCUCAACGACUGACGCAAGAGAACCUAGCAAAGCUUGUCAAGGAAACAGCUAUUUCGAGCGGAGCAGUCAUGCCAAACGGAAUGCGAAGAGCAAGCACAGCGCUACCGCCACCCCCCCUAACACAAACGAUGCAAACGCCCACUACCGCAGCCGCAGCGAGAAGACCACAGAGCACAGGCAAUAUGCCUAAAAUGAAAGUAAGCCCAAGUCCAGGCACUAAGAAAGCCCCAGCAGUCCGCGUCCCACCUCCCAAACCCAAACCUCCAACGAUCAACGGCCCAAUGAAGGAAGUAACAACAGCAUCGGGCGUAACAAUCAAAGUGCCCGCCUCGCAAGUCCAAGCAGCAGCAAAAACCAACGGUGUGCUUACCAUGGCCAAUGGGGUGAAGAUUAAAAUUGAUAGCAAGGAUGUGGAAGAGAAAAAGGACAAGGGAGGUGGCAUGGUUAUGACGGCGGGUGGGGUGCCGAUUAGAGUUACAAAAAGUGGGGGUGUAGAGGUUGGUAAGGCGACUGUGAAUGGUGCUGGAGCAGUGAAGAAGACUGCGGAUGCGAGUAAGAAGAAGGGAAGUGGGCCGCGGAAACUCUGA